GUGCCAGAGGCGGAGGCGAAACCCUAACCGGCUAAACUCUGAUGACACAUUGGGGUGAGGUAUGAUCGCUUGUCGUGAGGGAGUUUCUAGGAAUGGGUGCAGGUUGGCGGUGGUGGUGGUGGCGCUGCGCACUAAUGAAAUAAGGUGAGGCAUCGAUCAUAGGCUAAGCCACCAGAGACAACAGUGGUGAUAGCUAAAAAGGAAUGGCGUUGUUGCGAAGGUUGUUCUACCGAAAGCCGCCAGAUCGACUCCUUGAGAUUGCCGAUCGUGUCUAUGUAUUCGACUGUUGCUUCUCUACAAAAACCAUGGAACCAUUUGAAUACAAGAAUUAUCUAGGCAACAUUGUUUUGCAGCUUCGUGAGCAGUUUGUAGAUUCUUCAUUGAUGGUAUUCAAUUUCAAAGAUGAAGGAAAAAGUCUGGUUUCAGGCAUGUUAUCCCUUUACGGUAUCACAGUUAAAGACUACCCUUGUCAGUAUUUGGGAUGCCCAUUGCUUCCAUUGGACAUGGUUCUCCACUUCUUAAGGGUGAGCGAGAGGUGGCUUAUGCUUGAAGGGCAACAAAACCUUCUUCUCAUGCAUUGUGAGAAAGGUGGAUGGCCAGUUUUAGCAUUUAUGCUUGCAGGUCUUCUUCUAUAUAGGAAGCAGUAUAAUGGGGAGGAAAGAACUCUAGUCAUGGUUUACAAGCAAGCACCUAAGGAACUUCUUCAAAUGUUAACAACAUUAAACCCUCAACCUUCCCAUCUUCGAUAUCUACGAUACAUAUGUAGAAUGGAUUCAAAGCUAGAAUGGCAUACACAACGGAUUCCUUUUUCUUUGGAUUGUGUAAUUCUCAGUGAAGUACCUAAUUUUGAUGGAGUAGGUGGUUGUCGGCCAAUUGUUCGGGUAUAUGGGCAGGAUUUUUUGAUGGUUGAUAAAAAUUACAAGGUUAUUACGCCGCCAUCACAUGCUAGGACACAAGCUAACCACUAUAAACAGGCUGACAAUGUACCAGUGAAGUUAAAUGUUGGAUCUUGUGUGCAAGGAGAUGUUGUCCUUGAAUGCUUGCAUGUAGAUGAUAGCCUUGAAGAUGAAAGAUUGAUGUUUCGGGUGAUGUUCAAUACAUGUUUUAUCCGGUCUCACAUUCUAUUGUUGAAUUUUGAGGACAUUGAUAUCUCUUGGGAUGCAGAACAAUGGUUCACCAAAAAUUUCAAAGCUGAGAAUUAGAUGGUGAGUCUGAUGUGUCCACUGAAGUUGUCUCUGACUAUGACAAUGAGAUCGAAGUUGGCUCUACCGAUGAAUUCUUUGA